GCAAUGCCUCGUACCAACACCACCACCAACAUGACACAACUAAUCGUAGUUUUAGUUUUACAACUCCAACUAGUUUUAUUGUUGUCAUGCCUAACAAUUAACAAUGCUCAAUCAACCACCAUAAUCAACGUGUGGCCCAAACCAAGGAACCUCACGUGGACCCCACCUUACCAAGCCACCCUCCUCUCCUCCACGUUCACCAUCACAACAACCACUCCCCACCACAACAAACACCUCUCCGCCGCCAUCAACCGCUACCAAAACCUCGUACAAUCCGAACACUACCAUCCACUUAUCCCCUCAGGAGUCAACAUAUCCACAAACCUUCCACCACUUAACUCCCUCACCCUUACCAUCACUGACGUCAAUGCAGCACUAGUCCAUGGCGUGGACGAGUCCUACACUCUCUCUAUCCUCCCUUCAUAUGCUACUCUCACCGCAACAACUGUGUGGGGCGCCAUGCGAGGACUGGAGACAUUCUCCCAGCUUGCAUGGGGCAGCCCCACACGCGUCGCGGUGGGAGUGUACGUGUGGGAUUCCCCGCUCUAUGUCCACCGUGGUGUUAUGGUGGACACGUCAAGAAACUACUACCCUUUGAAGGACUUGUUAAGGACAGUGGAAGCCAUGAGCAUGAACAAGCUCAAUGUCUUUCACUGGCAUAUAACAGACUCGCACUCUUUCCCUCUGGUGCUUCCUUCAGAGCCUGCUUUGGCUGAUAAAGGGGCUUAUGCCCCUCACAUGGUGUACACACCAGAGGAUGUGAAAACUGUUGUGGAGUUUGGUCUUGAUCAUGGGGUUCGUGUUGUGCCUGAGAUUGACUCACCUGGGCAUACAGGAUCUUGGGCUUUAGCCUACCCUGAAAUUGUAACUUGUGCCAACAUGUUCUGGUGGCCAGCUGAAAGUGAUUGGGACAAUAGGCUUGCUGCAGAACCAGGAACAGGUCAUUUGAACCCUCUAAACCCAAAGACUUACCAAGUCCUAGAGAAUGUCAUUCGCAAUGUGAUCACACUGUUCCCAGAUUCAUUUUACCACUCUGGUGCUGAUGAGGUUGUACCAGGAUGCUGGAAAACUGAUCCUACAAUUCAGAAAUAUCUAUCAAAUGGUGGAACUCUAAGCCAAAUUCUUGAGACUUUUGUCAACAACACUCUCCCUUUCAUUUUAUCCCUCAACAGGACUAUUGUCUAUUGGGAAGAUGUUUUGUUAGAUGAAACAGUCCAUGUGCCAUCAACAAUUCUUCCUAAGGAGCAUGUGAUUUUGCAAACAUGGAACAAUGGACACGAUAACACGAAACGGAUAGUUUCUUCCGGAUAUCGUGUAAUUGUGUCAUCAGCAGACUUUUAUUAUCUAGAUUGUGGACAUGGUGAAUUUGUUGGAAAUAACAGUGCCUAUAACAAUCAAACUGGAGAUGACAAAAGCAAUGGUGGCUCUUGGUGUGGCCCUUUUAAGACAUGGCAAAUCAUAUACAAUUAUGAUAUAACAUAUGGUCUAAGUGAAGAGGAAGCAAAACUGGUUUUGGGUGGUGAGGUUGCACUGUGGUCAGAACAAGCUGAUCCAACUGUUUUGGAUUCGCGAAUAUGGCCUAGAACUUCUGCAAUGGCUGAGUCAAUGUGGUCAGGAAACAAGGAUGAAAAGGGUAUGAAGAGAUAUGCAGAGGCCACAGAUAGAUUGAAUGAAUGGAGAAGCAGAAUGGUCAGCAGAGGUAUAGGAGCAGAACCUAUUCAACCACUAUGGUGUGUUAGAAACCCUGGCAUGUGCAACACAUUUCAUCCUAUAUAGUUGCAUCACCUAUUGUUUUAUGAUAAGUGAUUGUAGUUGUC